CCAUUCUUUUUUUGUCUUUUCUUAACAAAACAGAGCACGAUGGUUCGUGGCGCUAAAGCUGAUGCGAAACCCCGAGGCCGCAUGACAGCGUACGCAUUCUUUGUACAAACAUGCCGAGAGGAGCACAAGAAGAAGCAUCCCGAUGAGACAGUGAUCUUUGCUGAAUUCUCCCGAAAGUGCGCUGAGCGAUGGAAGACAAUGGUGGACAAAGAGAAGAAGCGCUUCCAUGAGAUGGCCGAAAAGGAUAAGGCGCGGUAUGAAAUGGAAAUGUCAAAUUAUGUACCCCCCAAGGGCACAGUAGUUGGGCGUGGCAAGAAGAGGAAAAUGAUUAAGGAUCCGAAUGCGCCGAAAAGAUCAUUAUCUGCAUUCUUCUGGUUUUGCAAUGACGAACGCAACAAAGUUAAGGCUGCGAAUCCUGAAUAUGGCGUUGGCGAUAUUGCCAAGGAACUUGGUCGUAAAUGGUCCGAUGUGGAUCCAGAGGUUAAACAGAAGUACGAGCUAAUGGCUGAGAAGGACAAGGCGCGCUAUGAGCGGGAAAUGACCGAGUACAAAACCAGCGGGAAAAUACCGAUGUCCGCCCCCUCAAUGCAAGCACAAGCCGCUGCAGCGCAGAAAGCCGCGUUACUCGCUGCCAGUGCACAACAGCAUGAGGAGCAUGGCGAUGAUGAUGGCGAUGGCGAUGAUGAUGAAAAUCAAUAGAUUUAAGAAACCACAAAAAAAAAAUAUAAAAAACAACAAAAACAAAACAAAGGAGCAUAAGAUAAAAACAAAAACAAAAAAAUGAAAGAAUUAAUUUUCCACAAAAAAUGGAACUUAUAGAAUCCAUUACGUAAUUUUUAAGUGAUUAAAGAAAGAAAUACUGAAUGAGAUAAGAACAACAAACAGAAAGCAAACAAAAAAAAAAAAACAAAUGCAAUGAAACCGACGAGAAUUAGAAACAAAAUUAUGAAAUUUAACAGGGAGAAAGUACAUACAUGCAACUCAAUGUAUAAUAAUAAUGUAGUAUGUAUGCAUGCUGCAAAUGCAAAAUCAAGGCUAAGGAGUAGCUAUAGUUCUAGGAACCACUAGCAUGGAAAUCAAUAUAUACGAUGCAGUACUGCAGAUAACAAAUACUUUAACACAACACGGCUUUUAAAAUCUUUGCAGCGCGUAUAAAACCAAGUAUGUACGUACUUUCAAACGCUAUUCAAUUUUCAUAAAACCAAUAUAAAAUGCAACUCCCGAACUAACCUUCCAUAUGAUGCUCAUUCUGUAUACUGACGGCCACACAUACAUUUCUCAUAUAUCAAAAUAGCAACAAGAAAAAAAUUAUAAUUUCAACAGCAAGAUAGAGUAGUAAUAAAGGCAUCUUUGAAUAAUAAUGUCAAACAACUCAGACAAUUAUUAUUUUUUUUUGUAUUAAUUUGUUCCGCUAAUUUUUGAUUUAUUGUAUCUUUAGCAAUAAAAGUUAGGAUUAAAGAGAGACACUCAUAGUUUAGGGGCAAUUAAGAAACAGAAAGAAAAUAUGAUAAUAUCCCAUACUCCUUAUCCCGUGGAGCAAUAAAUGUAGGCGUGCGUUUGACUGAAAACAUAAACGCACUGGAAUUUAUUAAAUUUUCCGGCUAAUUCAUUGAUUAUCGGCUUAUUAUUUUAUUUGACUUUUUAAACUAACAUUACAUGCUUAUAUGUAUGUUAAACAACCAACAAAAUUUGAAGAUUUAUUUUAUUUUUUCGUUGAUUUUGUAAAAAUAUAUUUUAAUUUCCAUUUACCAUUUGAAAAAAUAUACCCACACGCCAGAGGAAAUAAGAAUGUCAAGACAAAGACACAAAGAUAAAUAAAAGAAGAAUAUAUUCCGAAAUAUUUUUACAAACAAGUGCGGUUGAACUCCAGUAUGAAAACUAAUGUAUGUACGAGUAUCUCGAAUGUGAAUAUUUUGAGCUAAUUGCUAGCCACAAAAUGCAUAACAAACAGUUACAUAAUUGUAUACCACAUUCAUACAGCAGAAAAAUAGUAUACAAUAAUAAUAAUUAAAAUAUGCAAACAAUAUAAAUUUAUAUAAUGUACGAUAAGAUUUAGAAUAUACGUAUGGUGUAAAACCAAAAAAACAAAAAAAAAACUUGAAAUGUUUUCAUAAUUUAAAUAGUGGGCAGUUAGUUGGAAUUUAAGAAAUUUCGUUAGGAUUCCGGUGGAAUGCUCUUUGUUUAUAAUUGUUUGAGACCGAUAUCUAGCCAGUGACAAUACUAGGGCGUUGCAAAGAAGAUGAUAUAUCAUACCGAACGUAACAUGAAAAUCACGUAAUUUGCAACGGUUUUUGUUGUUACAGCUUACGCUUUUUGUUAUAUUGCUGCAUAGGAAACUUUUAACUCAAUAUACAUCUACCUACCGCGCAAACUCUAGGGAUAUUCACACUGAUCUCGUUACUUCGGCACUUGACAGUUUUAGGUUUAUUUUAUUUUUGUUAAUGUAAUGAAAGCACUAGUGCGUCAAGUAAAAGCCCUCUUGAACGUUAUGUAUUUGCAUGUGCCAGUUUUUAAUUAUGGAGAUGUAAACAGGUGCUCGUACAUACUACAUACGAAAUAGAAACGUUUCUAUUUUCACCUGACACACAAUCCACUAUGAAUGUAUUUGCCCUUUCAUCAGGUUUGUACCUUAACAGAUAAUUAUCAACAUUUAUCAAUAUACUUUCUGCUGGUCUUAUCUUAAAUAAAAAAAAAAAUAUCUAUCAGAAAAGAGCCAUAAAAUUGUUAUGACAACGUAAAGGAGCUGUUAAGAGCUCCGUAGUAAAACUAUUUACGUUUCUUUAUUUCACCUUUUUUGAAUUUAAUUCUUUUAAAAAAUUGGACCAGCUCGAAAAAUAAACAAAAUAUAGCUGUUUCAACAUACCAUUUGCCAGACUAACAAAAGUAAGAUAAAAAAGGUUGUUGUUCGCAGCAAAACAUUUGUGCCGAACUGGAAAAUUUACGAUAGUUGGGUGAAUACCCCUACUGCAUUCCAGACGCGGGUGCCUUUGUUUCACUUGAUUUCACAAUUUCCGAAAACUUCAAGCAAAAUGCAGAUGAUUAAGAAAUUGAUUUCGAAUUUAAUUGAUAUCUUAAUAAAGCAUUUUAAAAUUGAUUUGCAAACGUUCUCUUCUAUUAACCUGGGGAACAGGAAAUUUCAUUCAGGAAUCUUAAUUAAAUCUUUCAAAUAUAAUUCGCAAGUUUACAAAUAAAACCUUUCAAAAGUCUUAACAAAAAUUAUUUUUCAGAGCAAUAGGUGCGGGAACAUUGUAAAUAAAUAACCUCACAUUAAUAUUAAAAUAAAAGUUACUGUGCAAAUAUGUAUGCAGUAAUGAAAGUUGAGUGAAAGAAAGAUGCGAAAGGGUGUGAUGACUAUGGCGUCUGUUGGGACUUCGAAUAACCAAUUUGGGGGAGAAAGUGUUGUGUUGGCGAUUUGUAGAAUGAACAAAAUUGGUGCGAAUUGUAAAUUUUUGUAUUACCCUUACUGACUGCAAUAUUUGUAAGAUGAUAUAUUUUCGGAAUUUCGCAAAAUUACAAAUACCAUACAGCACUUUUAAUUUAAAAAAAUUGCUAACAUACCUUUAAAACGUUUGUAAUUUCGAAACUUCGUGGCUUUAUUGGAAUUCCUUAAAAUCGACGUCGUUAUCGUUGGACGCUUUAUUUGGAUUAGAGUUUGGCGUUUGUAAUUUUUAAACGAAAUUCAAUAGAUUCCUACUUAGAAAAAAAAGAACAAUAAACUAUCGAAAGUGAUUUUUUAUUAUUUGAUUAUGAUCUAGGCAAGUUUUGAAUAAUUGAAUGUUUCUUGUUUUGGAUGAUCUUUGAUGAAAAUAAUUGAAACACAUUUCACAUCUGCUAUGACAAAAUUGAUAUACAGUGUUGUGCAAAAAAGAACCAAUUGCUUAUGCAAUUUCGAAAAAAUAAAAGAAAUUUUGAUUCACAUGCUUAUUUUUAAACGGAUAACAUUGUGUGCAAUUGUGACUUUGCUCUUUUUUUACAAGCUUUUAUAUCAAAUGGAACUUAGAAAUGUUUGUAUAAGCAAAUAAGAAUAACUUAAUAUUUUCGUUUCGUAUAUGAUUAAAAUCUUAUGUAACAAGAAAAUAAUAUUUUGAGUUGAAUACAAUGGCGGCUACUUAACAAAAAUUAUUAUUCCAUAGUAAUUACUAAUGAUUCUAAAAUAAAUGAGAGAUUUAUUUUCAAUUUUAUUACAUCUUUCAAAGCUAAAGACAUAUGUAGGUAAGUUUUUCCGUUAUUAAAAUACUUUUUCAAUCAUCUUUUUCUGUUUUCUAUAUUUCAAAUCUUGCGUAAAAAAAUUAAAUUGCUUUCGACUGCUUUAUAGUCUUCAAGUUUGAUUUUUAGUAGUAUAUCGUUGGUAAAUUACCUUUAUUUCGCUUAUUCUAUUUUUCGUAUUCUUCACAACCAUUGAAAUUCUAAUCCACGCCUUCGCGCCUCAUGGGAAUCGAAAGAAUGAGAAAGGGAGGGAGGACAUACAUCUGUUGUAUAUGCAUAUGUAUGUAUUAAUUAGAUACACAUUUUUUGUAUAUAUGUAUGUAUAUAGAAUAUACAAUGCAUUAUACUGUAGUAUGUAUGCAUAUUUUUUUCACUCGAAAUGCAACAUUUAAAAAGAAAUAUGAAUAGAAAAAAGUUAAAUUAUAUAAUAAUGAAUAUGAAAUGCAAACCACUUCAGGCUCGACAGAUUCCUAUUAAAAUUAGCAAUUAAAGAUAAAAAUGUCAAAAAAUUGCAUUAGGAGAGACAUACGUACAUACAUAUACACUCAGCGUAAAUUUACUGCGUAAUGUUAGGUUAUAUUAACAAAAAGGUAAAAAGAAAAAUAAAUGAUAAUGAAAACAAGCAAUGAGCUACAAGAAGCCGAAAUUGAUUGAUUAAAUCGCCCAGCUAAAGAUUAUAUAAUUUUGUAUUGUUGCAAAUGAACUUAACCUACAAAUUGGCAACUUUUGCUACAUUUUUUCAAAAUUUUGUCGUACAUUUAUAACUCCUAAUUUAUAAGAGUAGGCAAUCAGCUGGUGUUCGCAACAGCAUUUAGUACACUGUUGGUUAUACUUGCAAUCACUUUUUCAUGAAAACUACUUAAUGAGAUUUUUUUAGUUUUAAAACAUCAUGACAUCCCUAUACAUAAAUAUGUAUGUGUGUAUUACAAAUAAAAACAUGCAGAAAUAAAACUUGAUUUAGAUGCCUCUAAAUUUUUGCGCUCUCUAAAUCUUUACAAUUAAUAAACACCAAAACCGACUGCAAUAGCAAGCAAUAUAAUCAAUGCCUACAUCAAUGCUUUAUGGGUCCCAUUAUUCGCAUAUCCUCCAAUAAGACUUGCAAAUAAGUACAUAGAGGCAAAGGACACGAAAAAGACAGACUGAAAUGGUUGGAGUCGGUAUAUUAGUAGGAGAGCUGUGGUGUGUCGUCUGCGGUAGUUUAGCCGACACUAAUGCCUAUAUAUACAUACAUACAUACAGACAUACUUGAAUAACACCAACAAAAAAAUUAAUAUCUAAAAAAAAAA